AAAGACGCCUAAAUGCGUCGCACUUUCAGACGCGUCCCGACGCUCGCAUUCUCACAGCCGCGGUCGUCUUGUUAGCUCGAACAGCACGCAACGCUCUCAGUGCGUAAUUACUGAAAGUCUAAAGAUUUUUGAAUUUUAGUCAGUGCAUUAGAAUACCAAAGCGCUGAGUUUACGUCGGCUGGAUUUCUUGCUGAGAAAAUUCACGAAAUUACUAGACGCAAUGGAUCGAAAAGUUGCUGUACUGGCUGUCGUAUUCGCACUGGCCGUUGGUUCAGAUGGCGCCGUAAAGUGUUACAUGUGCAACACGGCAACGAAUUCAUCCUGCGGCGAUGACAUAAUGAACAGCAAAUUCAAAGCAGUCGAGUGUACAAAUGAAAAUAUAAUUCGGUCCAAUGCCGAGAUCUCGAGUAAUCCGUUAUUGAAACAAAUUACUGACAUCUUGGAAACCGACACUCCGCAGCAAGGUGACAUCGCAUCGCCUGAUAAAGCAGCAUGUGGCAAGAUGAACGUCAUGGUGGGUGAUAGAAAAGUGACCAUCAGGAACUGUCAAAUCGCAAAAACGGAGUCGGUCGAUCCUUGCAGCACCAUCCAAAAAAAGCUUACCGAAAAGGGUCAGACGUCGAACACGAAACUGUUUCCAACUUUGGACUUCUGUAACGUUUGCGAAAAGGAUGCCUGUAAUGGUAAAAUGGGCAUGGUACCCAAAGCUUUCUACAUGAUCUUCCCAGUGGUCACAGCCCUUGCACUGGGCAAUGGGAAUUAUAUGGCGUAACCGGAGUACGCGGUUCAAUUGGCCAGUGCGCGCAGCGCGAAUGUAUUUUUAUUUUAAAGCCCGUAACGUACCAAAACUAUGCACGCAAUGAGAGGGAUAGUGAAAGAAAGAAAAGGAGACCAUGUAAACUGAAAUUUUAGCAAACCAUGCAAAACAACGCGUUUCACAAUCAAGCCGUGUAGUAUUGAACAUUAUCGUGCAUCUGUAAGAGGGACGUGAUUUCUUUGUCAGUGUUGGCUAAAGAUAAACGAAAAAAGAAAAAAAAUCAAGAGAAAAAUAUUUCUGGCUUAUUGUAGUCUCUCGUUGAAAUAAUCGAGCGUAUUUCUGUACCGAAUGAUAUUCGUACGUUCUUCAUGGAAAGGGUGAGGGAGGGGGGGGGAGAAAUCGAUAAAGUGUGUGUGUAUGGGGGGAGGGAAGUUGAAAAAAUGGAAAAGUGGCAAGAGAAUAAAAAAAAACUAUAAAAUAUACUAUAUAUAACAGCAGCCCUGCAAGACUGCACAGUUUUUGCACAAUUUUGAAAACGUGUCCGACCGACACGCGUAACUGCAUAAAUUUUCGCUUUUUUAUUCACAGUUCAUCCUGAUUGGGGCUUUUUAUAUUAAUUAAGAGUCAACUAUCCUAUCCUACCGCCCACAACUCUCCAUUGGGCUUUGUAUUAACGAUGUAUCUUAUUAUGUGUAACUAAUAUUAUCGACACGUGUAUACUACGUAUAUAUAAAUAAUAUAUAUAAAGAAUCAGCUGUAUGGCGAUAAAUAAUUGUUAAUUGUAACAAUGAGCGAGGAAAACAAAAUUGCCUGAGUGUUCAAGCUUCAUCGAUAAAUUCGUACUAGACUCCAUAAUAAUUGACAUCUCUUAAUUAAAAAUCUGAUCUAUAUUUAUCGAUGGGUCUUACUACUGUGCUUCAAAUACGGUCAGACCUAAUGUUAUUGCGAGAAUGAAAAUUAUUGUAAGUAACGGAGUCGAGCAAUAAAUGUGUGCACUGACCAAAAA